AGAGGAGAGGAUUGAUGGAUUUAUAAAAAUGUGAGUGUAUGUAUGAUGGCUAGGUAGCUGCUAGCUAGUGUCAUUUUCCGAGAAAUACUCGUCUCGAGGAAAACAAAACUCAAAUCCAUCAUCGUCUCUUUUCUUUCUCUUCUACCUAGCUACCCUUGCUUUCCAGAUUAUUCUUUUUCCGGGAAAAGCCUACUAAACUAAAAGCAAAUCUUUAAUUUCAUUUUUCCUCAUCUCUUGUUUAUUUCUGUCACCAUAAAGUUGUUCUAAAGAAUUAAGAUGCCCUUGGAAGGGGUUUUUACUUCUGCUUCUGCUUCUGCUUCUACUUCUUGUGUUCCUGAUCUUUCCCUUCACAUAAGCCCUCCAACCACCACCAGCUAUGCCGGAGGACAUCACACCGACCUCUCUCUUGGAAGACGAGAACCACCGCCACCGCCACCAUCACUGCCAACUAACAUGAACCACAUAAACGAAGCCUUGAGACCCAUCAAAGGGAUCCCCGUUUAUCACAACCGUUCUUUCCCUUUCUUACCCAUGGAUAGGGAUCACAAUAAUCCAAAUCCCAAGAUGUGCUUAUAUCAUCACAUGCCUGCAUCUUCUUCUCCUUUCCCAGUGGGAGUGGGUUUAGAUCCCAUUUCCUUCUUGAAUUCCGGGGGAGCAGGAGGGCCUUAUAAUAAUAGGGUUGCGGCGGUGGCUGCUGCCACAAGUAGGUUCAAUAAUGGGAUCCCAAGCCAUCAGCAUCAUCCAUUGCACCACCACUACGGGUCAAGGUUCUUGUCUAAGCUGCCAAGCAAGAGGAGCAUGAGGGCGCCCAGGAUGCGGUGGACUAGCACCCUCCAUGCUCGAUUUGUUCACGCCGUUGAGCUUCUUGGUGGCCAUGAAAGAGCAACACCCAAGUCCGUACUUGAGUUGAUGGAUGUCAAAGAUCUCACAUUAGCCCAUGUCAAAAGCCAUUUGCAGAUGUAUCGAACUGUUAAGACUACUGACAAGCCUGCAGCUUCUUCGGGGCUUUCGGAUGGAUCAGGAGAGGAUGAAAUGUCUCCUCCAAUGGGAAGCAGUGGUAUGCGUCAAUUUCAAGAGCAAAGAGGCCAACAAGAUAUGGAUUAUUCUUCCACCCCAACACUAUGGAGUAAUAAUUCUUCAAGAGAAAGCUACUAGACAUAAUAAUCAAACGUUCGUUCAUUGGGAUAAAAGGAAAGCAAUCCAAUUACACGGCUUCAUUCACUUUUUAUUCUUUCCCUCGCUCGUUAAUUUCGUUUCCUUUUCUCCCUUUAGAAUUGUUCGAAUAUUGUCGAUAAAAAUAAAAAUAAAAAAAGUGUGGUUCUUAUUCCAUCCUCAAGUACAUAGCAUAAAACCCAAAAUGAGCCAAUAAUCCUUCACAUACAUCUUACUUAGUUUUCUUUUACCGGGAAAUGGUACUUCUUUAAUUGAUUGUGUUAGAUAUGUUUCCACCGAGAAAUCUUAGUAGAUAGAUUCUCAUGGAAUACAUCUUCACGAAUCAUGCCGUACAUGGAAUGGAAUAAUAAGAUGAUCAUGAAAUUCUACCAAGUCCAUUCAUUGUUAACAAGGGACGGGAGAUAUAUAUAUAUAUAUAAGAUAAAGUAGAAUAAUGAAAAAUAAGGCAAAAGUGGAGUUGUAUAGUUUGGCCAAAAACUUUGUUAACCGCUUCAAAAUUAUUUUUUUGAAUCUUUCUUUACCAAGGGUUUGUCACUUAUAUCUAAUAUAUAUGCAUAGAUAUGUAAAUUUCUUAUUACAAACAUUAAUAGGUCGAAAUAAAUUUGUAAUUCAAAUAAUAGUUUUGGAACUUCUUUUUUGUAUAAUUGAUAUGCAUAUUUUUCAAAUUCUAACGGUGAUGAUAGAUAUCUUUUGACUAUUAUAGUAGUACUAUUCUAUUCCAGAAAAAAGAAUAUAUGAUCAAUUAUGGUUUGAGAUCACUCAAAUCUAGUAAGUUGCAUGUACUAACUGGCUAAUUCAUUGAAGUGUAAAAGUUUAAAUUGAUGAUCCCAAAAAGAUGUAUCCUUUAUUACAUCAGUACCAUACCCUAAAUUCUCC